UGCGUGCGUGCGUAGCGUGCGUGUGCGAUGCAGCAAAACAGCUGAAGCGCUGGAGAGAUCAUCACGUUCUCCCUACCACCAGCAAGCGACGGGGUCAGCCACCAUAAACACAACUGCCUCGAAGAUCAAGCGUACGGACGGGGACCGUGUGUGCUGCUGUGGUUUGGUCAGCAGAAGAGCCCGCAAGAGAAUUGUGCGUAAGGAAAGGGCACAGCAGCGCAGCUGUUCUUGGCAGUCGUGUACGUCACAUGGGUCCGCGUGCGAUUGAUUGGCAGAAGCACUGCAGAGUGUAGUGUGUGUUGUGGCAGGCAAAUAGUAAACAGUAGCGUUCUUCCUCUACUGCCUGUCGCUUCGCCAACCGCUUCGUCGAUGAACCCGACGCGAUUGGAUUGAGUGGCAUCGUCGUGUCGUGCAAGGUGCCCGCCGUCCGUAGGGAGGAGAGACGCUGGCAGACAGAGGCUGCCACUGAAGUUCAUUUAAUUAAAUUAGCCUCGCGGUAGCGGCAAUCGGAGCGCUCUGCUAAUCGUCCUCCCAGCGUCGGCAUGAACUCGAAGCCAGCGGCUCCACCACCGAACGGGGCAGCGGUCCAGCAGCCCCACGUCCCGUACAACAUCGACUGGAUCUUCCCGCGGUUGCGACGUCCAAACCGGCUGUGGCACAUUGCCAGUACGGGCGUGAUUGGUUUGGUGGGAUUUUUCUCCAAAAUCGUCAUCGUGUGGCUCAACAAAGCACGCGUCCACAACAUCAACGUGCUGGAGAAUGCGCUGGAGAACCGACCGAAGGGAAAGUCCCUGCUGACCGUCUCCAAUCAUCAUUCGUGCUUCGAUGAUCCAGGCAUUUGGGGACUACUAGACACCCGUUUGCUAAAGCUCCGGAACGUCUGCAACAAGAACGUCAUCCGAUGGUCCAUGGCGGCACACGACAUUUGUUUCACCUGCAAAGCCCACUCGCUGUUCUUCAUGUACGGGAAGUGUAUCCCGGUGGUGCGUGGUGCCGGCGUCUACCAACCGGCCGUGGAUCUGUGCAUUGAGAAGCUUAAGCUAGGCCACUGGGUGCAUGUGUUCCCGGAGGGCAAGGUUAACAUGACGAAGGAAGAUCUCAGGUUCAAAUGGGGCGUUGGACGAAUAAUUUACGAAGCACCCGACCUGCCCAUCAUCAUACCGAUAUGGCACAUCGGAAUGGACGAUGUGCUGCCCAACGAACCGCCAUACUACCUCCGGAUGGGGAAGAAACUCACGUACAACUUCGGCAAUCCGAUCGACCUAAGCGCUCUUAUGGAACGGUUACGCUCGGCGCCGGUAAGCGAAGAGGAGGCGCGAAAGCAAAUUACCGACCGCAUCCAGGAGGAGAUGAUGAUACUUAAACAAGAAACGGAACGAUUGCACUCGGAGUACGUAAAGAGCUGAGACCGGGACCCGAACCGGACAGCGGACAGACCAGCAAGCCUCACUGAGCAGAAGAGCGAGGAGAGCGACGAUGCAGAGCGGCAGGCGUCUUCCAGAGGCUCAUGACCAAGACCUUCUUACCUUACUACGGUACACAACCACACAGCCGCGUUGUUAGUGUUGCGUUUACCUUCAUCGACCCGGCUAUAGCAUAAUAAUGUAGCGUAUAGAGGCGGUUACAAUUCAGAUUCAGAUUUAAAGUGCAUUUUAGCGUGUUGUGCGAGCGGCAGCAGCAGUAAUAGUGUUGAAUUGCGUUGGAAACUCUAGUCAAAUAGAAACGAGAAAGAUGCUAUGUUACCCACGGCCCUGCGGAUAGCACCGUUAAAGGCGGGGAGAGGGUAUGCAAACGGGACACGCAAGCGGCGUCUGUCGCGAGAUAAGCAAAGAUCUCGGCAUCAGAUGACCUGAUCGUUGGGCGACGAUGACGUGUGUGAACCUAACGUCCAAUGUAUUGAGUAUUUUCCAAUUACUAGUUUUUAAGCCGUUAGCUUUCGAUUACAGCGCGAUAAGAAGAUGUUGGCUGCGGCGCGAUCUUUCACCCUUCGACACAAUUCACUUUACACCAGCUUUGCGCGCGCUCGCAAAGCGAUCGGUCCCGAUUUUAUGGACCCGCUGCUCUUUAAGGAAUAAAUCAGAUGAAAACGAUUAAAAAGCCCGCAACGUUCGCUUGAAA